CAUUCUCGACGCCCAUCGAAACGAAGGGGGUGAAACAAAUAAACAAAACGGACCGACAGAAAUGGCGGGCAAGAACGAAUCCCAUCGAGGGCGGAGUUCCAAGAGCGAUUUUGACAUGACAGCUAGAGCAACACCACCACCACCAACACCAACAACCAAACGAAAAUCGACGGAAGCGUCUCCAAUGGUAGCUGCUUCCCAAAAUGACGACGUGACUUCCACAACUAUCGAUGACGACGGAAGCAAUACCGGUGCCACCGCAGCCGCAGCUACGUGCCCAACGACAGCGCCGGUGGCAAUGCCGAUGCCAAUACCAAUACCAACUGCGACCAAACCAAAGGCCGCAGUUUACAAUCCCAAGAAACCAAAAUGGUGGAAUCGACUGGGAAACAACGGUCGGGAUGCCACCAAAUCUCAGAAAAAAGCCAUGCGCCGGGUCCUGGACGGGCACGACGGGAACGGCAGCAGCAGCAGCAGCAACAACAACAAGGAUACGGAAGGGCAGCAUCAGCAAGAAGUACCACGGCCACAACUAAAAGAAGGGGGGAUGCGUCUGCCGGCAGUGCCCUACGGGUCCACACUAGACUGGGACAGCGUAUUUCCGGCUCAGCCGGAAUCCGCGAGCGGGACGAGGGAGAUUUGGCUCGAGCUGGGCUUUGGCCGUGGGGAAAACCUCCAGGCCCUGCUGGAAUCCAGGUUCCGUAGGGAAGCAGCAGCKKCUGCCGCCAAAGAAGAUGCACGCCCGCAAACACCCACCCGCUUUUGCCUCGUCGGGGCGGAGGUCAGCGGUGUCGGAAUCGGGUGCCUGUGCAAGCGCAUCGAUCGGCUGCGACAACAGCAACAGCAACAGCAAUCUCCACCGGAACCAAACCGAUCCGGGAACGCCGGGGAGAGCGACGACUACGUCCUUUAUCGUCCGGAACUGGAUCCAUAUUCGGAACCGAGCCAGAAUGAAACGGGUACCAACCACCACGCUACCAGAGAAAACGACAACCCACCAACCGAGGAGGAACCGAUCACAACCGAAUGCCGCGGUGGUUCCUCCCCGACCGAACGCCUUGGUCGCUACUACGGGGAUCGACUGCGGAUCCACRCCGGGGACGGCUACAAGCUGCUUCCGAAGAUCCCCGACGGGAGUCUGUCGGCAAUUCUGAUUACCUUUCCGGAUCCCUUCCCGAAGGAAUCCGACGUUGACUACCGCCUGGUCCAGCAGCAGACUUUGGUCGAGUGCCACCGGCUGCUGCGAAACCGCGACAGCGGUGGCAGCAGCCACGGCAGGUUGUUCCUGGCCACCGAUCACGACGGAUACCACGAAUGGUGCCACAAGACGAUGGCCGAGGCAAACAACAACAACAACAACAACAACGGUGACGGCGGCGCCGACGAUCCCCAGCGGCAGCGCGGACCCCUCUUUCGGCCGGUCGAACCCUGCCCCGAUCGAAUGGGGUGGUUGCCAGCGAUCUCGAGGUACGAGCAAAAGGGCUGGGACGAAGGCCGAUCCACCAAACUCUCGUGCUGGGAGGCGGUGGCACCAAGCCAGGCAUGAACAACGGAAGACAACGGCGCGAGCCAAUUCCAACCGAAUGAAUUUUUUUUCCAAAA